ACGUACGCACGUGCGUGAAGGGCGCCGAUGUUGACGAGCGGUUGCAACGCAACCGUGAGCGGUUGUGAACGGUCGGGAUGCGACGGGAAUUCCAAACGUGCGGCCGACGUUGCCGGAUCGAUGCGAUCGGGAAUCGUCACGAAGCGCCGUCGAGGGAUUCGAGUUUGAACUCCCAUGGAUCGUCACCCUUCGAACGCUCCCUCGUGAAAAAAUGCGAGUCGGAGGGCCCGCGAUUUUUGAGUCGCGAGCGAUCGAAAGGCGAGGACUCCGCGAGCUUAGGGCCUGUGCAGAAUGGCUGUCUUGUACUCUUAAGACGUGAGACAGUUAUUGUGCGCUACCUCAAGACAAAGGCUUGAUACAUAAAACAUUGUCCUAAGGCUGUCUCAAGAGUCUAAGACAGCCACUCUGCUCGGGACCUUAAGCUCUGGAGAUAAACCGAACGCGAUAAGAUCUCGCUCGUUGUUCGAUUUUAAGCUGCCAAGUUUCUCGGCAGACAAAGCAUUCGAUUCCGAAAAUGACGACAUUAAGAAAGUGAGAUCGAGUCGGACGUUCAUUAAAGAGAGAUCGACUCUCCAAAUUUAUUCGCGCCGCAUUCGAAAACUUGAUUCAGGGACCCGUUCCGUAAAUGUUAACGACAUCGUCACGCGUUUACGGGCGGAUACGAUAUACCGCGGAAAAGCUGCGCGAAGCGCAUAGAGAGUCCCCUAUUAUGAGAUGAGCUUCUGAGAUAGCAGGGUUUUUGCUAAAUUAGGCAUCAUCUAUUGGUCUCGUCGUGUAUUUAUUGCCCCUGGAGUGAAAUCUGUUUUGUGGAAAAUCCAUUGUUAGAUCGUGUAAUCGUUGCGAAUCAAGAUUUGUGAUUGAAUUGUGAUGUUGCAAACCUGCCGUCUCGUAUUAGAAGUCUAUCUCACAAUAAAAGACUUUCCUCUAAUGAUAUUAUUGACGUUUACAGAACACACCUUUUACGUUCAUUUCUACCAGUGCAGAUUAACUUUGAUCUCGGUUCAACUUACUUUUUAUCUUCUUCUCGUUUCACAAAUUGGAAAACACAAAAAGUUAGUUAAACCGGGAUUAAAGUUAAUCUGCAUUGGUGUUUUUUUUUUCAAUAUUCUCAGGAAUGUUUGGAUCUCUUUUCUUAUCGCGAUGAAACGUCAGCGCUGCAAAUAGUUCGUUAAUUUUCUAUUCGGGAAUUCAGAGACUCUCUCUCUCUCUCUAUGAAAAACUCGUCGCGCUCGCGAUCGCCCGCGGGAAGCGUUUUCCGUGUUUAAAGUUGUCGAUUGUUCUCGGGAGACGAUCCGGACGGUCACGGUGCGCGGCGGCGACGAGCCGAUAAGCGUCUCUCGAUACGGACUGCAAUUGCCCGCCGAAGCUCGCCCGUGCCCAGUGAAAGUAUCAGAUGUUGCGCGGCGCGAGGCGGAGGAACGCUCUGACUCAACACGCGGAUCGGAUCGGCUCGGCGGAUGACGCGUCCGCGGAUCGGUCGGCGAUAAGCGGGCGAUUCUCGUCGUCCACCGCCGGGAAAACGGCCUCGUCGGCGCGAGUGCAUCUCCGGCCGCGCGUGCACGCGUGUUUGCGUAAUGCCCGACUGGUUUACGCGCUCGUCCCGGAGGCCGUGAGACGAGAGCUCGCUGAAAACGUCAAUUGCGCGCCUGAUCGUCCAGGCCUCUUGAAAACGUUACGUCUCGACAGUGCCGUUUCUUCCCGUUUCAGAUUUGCCGGUAAAGCCGGAGGACCGCGCGGCGCAGGUGGAUACCUCCAGUGAGUUGAGUGAGUUGAUUUCGCCGGCGACGCGGAUAAUCGUUUCCGACGUGGAAAACACGCGCGCCGAGGAAUGCGACGGUUGUGCGUCUCGCUGUCGAUCCUGGCCGCCCUGGCCGCGGCCCGGCCGGACGACAGGUACGACCAGUCGUUGUCGUCGAUUUACUACACGGAGCCUACGUUGACGAACACCAGCUGGACGGGCGACACCUGGAACAACAACAAAAGCGGCCUUCGCGAGCUGCACGGCGGCCGCAUUGUCCGAGGUCAGAGACUGCUGACGAGAUCGCAGAGCCCUUAUCUGCUGCGGGAGGACCUGUUCGUCGAGAGAGAUGGCGAGCUCGUUGUGGAGCCCGGCGUGGAGAUCCGUUUCGGACCGAUGAUCGGCAUCACCGUCCGCGGGAUCGUAACCGCCAAGGGCGAAGCACACGCGCCGAUCCUGCUGACCGCGGCGGAAGUGGAAACGCAGGUGCCAGCUCUGCAAACGCCGCCCACGAUACGCCUAGUUGACGGACCGAGUCCGCUAGCGGGAAGGCUGCAGCUCUUUCAUCGAGGUGCCUGGCGUUCCGUCUGCACGAACUCACGAAAUUGGACCCGCGCGGAUCUGGAGACAGCGUGCCGGCAGCUCGGUUAUCAGGGCGGACAGUGGUGGUCGUGGGUCGACAGACAAUGGCCCUCCAAGCCGCGUCUUCUCUACGAGGAGCCAGGCUGCCGCGGCACCGAGCCCUCGCUGACGACCUGCGAACGUUGGUCGGAGAGAGAACUGGGCGCCGGUGUCUGCGAUUAUCAUCCAGACCUGGGCAUUUCUUGCCUGCCGCUCCACGACGGUACGACCAAGGCGAUCAAGCAUUGGCGAGGGAUACGAUUCGAGAACGCGGUGUACUACAAAUCGCUCAUUCAACAGAACACGCUUUACGUGCGUCGAUCGCGGUCCAUUCUGCGAAACACGGUGAUCGAAUACGCUGGGACGGGGAGAGAGUACAAUGUAACAUCGGCGAUUCAUGUGGAGGGCGUGCCGCCGAUAAUGGAGUCGAUUUCUGUUCUCCACUCCGCUCUCACGGGCAUUAACGUCACCACGUCGAACGCGCCGGUCAUAAUAAAUAAUUGUACCGUGCAAUAUAACAGAGGAUAUGGGAUUUACGUAAACAGCUCGUCCGGUAUGGCGCACAUCAACAACUGCACGGUGUUCGAGAACGGCGCGGACGGCAUCAAGUACGUGCACGCGGACGAGCGGCCGGACGAGAAGCUGGAUCGUAACGACGUGUACGAUUUGUGCACCUUCCCCACAACGGCCAGUCAGACCUUCCCCGUCACUAUAUCUAUGGAGCAGAAUAAAUACGCGCCCAACGUAAAACAGUGUCCACAACACGUCUUCACGAGGCCGGGCCACGUCCUGACGGUGCACUUUCUGCAAAUGAAAACCGACAGGAACGACAGCGCCGUCAUAGAGGUGCACGACGGUAUAAGCGGGGCGGACAGACUCUUGGCCAGCGUCAAAGUCAGAAAUGGGACGUUACCGCAGAGCGUGACUUCAACGCGACAGAACCUCUUCGUGAAAUUCACAGCCGAGCCCAAAACGGACACGAUCGUGUUCGUGCGAGUGUCGUCGGGCUACAAGAAAACGUACGAUCUGAACGUGACCGGCAGUACGAUAACAGGCAACAGCGGCCGUGGUAUCGUCGUGGAGAAGCUAAGGUCCGCCUUGCACAUUCACGAGACCUCGGUAUCGAAUAACGAUCACGUGGCGGGCGUGCACGUGCUGGGUGGCGCGAUGGACGUCAACAUCACCGACAGCCGUAUUUCGUUUAACCAAGGGGACGGCGUCAACAUCACCGUUACGGGCGGCAAUCGCAACGUGUCGCGCAGCAGUAUAUCGUCCAACAGCGGUUACGGCUUCGCGGUAUGGUUGAACGAUAGCCUCGCCACCGAAUACGUGCACUUCAAUCAAUCAACUGUGAUCGAGUACUCGCAGAUAUUUCGCAAUAAGGACAUCGGCGUCUUGAUUGGUAAUUCAACCGGCAACUCGUACGUGAAUAUAACUGGCAACGGGUUCAACACGAGCCUCGAGACAGUAUUGCAAGUGGAAUCCAGUUGGAGGAAGGACAAUGGAUUAAUGAGAGUGCAGAUCGGGCACAACUCGUUCAUAAGAAAUGCGAAAUUAGCGAUCAGGAUGAGCCCGGCGCUCAAUCUCGAUGCUAUUAUAGAGUACAAUCAUUUCAGGGAUCAAGCGGCCGGCGCGAUUCUGAUAAAAAAUCCGCUCUACGAAGAGUUUAACGUCCUGCCUGCGCAGGUCGUGAUACGAUAUAACGAAUUUUAUAACAACCGCGGCCCCUUCGUAGCCAACAUUGGUUUAUCGCCUUACAACGACGCGCAAAAGUUACUGUUCACGAGAAACUUCCUGCGAGAAAAUCGCGUCCGCGAGCUGUUCGACAACGGCGACAUGCUGAAUGUCAAACUGAUACCACGCUCCAGAGUAGCCGCCGUCGUCGUCGUGUCUUCGGGCAACGUCGAAGUUUUCCGCAAUAUCUUACACAAUCCCGAGUCGCCCUACGAGAUCGGCUCCCACCUGGAAGAUCAGAGUAAAGUUAUCAAUUGCACGUACAACUGGCUAGGCUCCGCCGAAGAGAAGAGGAUAUUCGAACGAUUAUUCCACAGGAAAGACAGAUACAAUCUUGCCAAAAUCGAGUAUUUGCCUUACUUGCUGCAUAGCAGCAAUCCGGGCGCGAAUACCAUCAUACCGAACCCGACGUUCGUACCGCAGUUUGUCACGCCUGGUACGAAUCUAGUUGGGGGCGAGGUUGACGGCCAGGAGGAGUUGAGAGCCGGAGAGUACAUUGUCGAGCGUGAUAUCAAUGUGCGACCGGGCGGCAAGCUGACAUUGCAACCGGGCGUUACGUUACGCUUCCCACCGGCCGUGGGAAUGAUGGUCGCCGGUAAAUUUGACGCGCGUGGCAAGAAGCCCAGCGAUAUCUUGUUCACCCUCAAAGAGGAGCUCGUUGUGUUACCAAAUAACGAUACCCUCGCGGAUGAGGAAACGGUUCAGGUCGACGAGACAGAAUCCGUGCCGGUGAGGCUUCUCGGUGGAAAAACGAAUCUCGAGGGGAGACUGCAGGUAAAAAUUGGAAAUAAAUGGGGCACUGUGUGCAACUACGGAUGGACGAUUCUGGAUGCAGCGCUCGUAUGCCAUCAAUUGGGCUUCAUUCUCGACUUCGAGAAUUGGAAUAUGGAGCGAUCGCACAUUCCGAACGCGGGGAUCAACGAGGACAUACUCCUCAGCAACGUGCGGUGUACCGAAUACGACAACGAUAUAACUCAAUGUCGGGCGCAAAGGGAGCAGGACUUCGAGAACUCGUGCACUCACGCGAACGACGUUGGUGUCAGGUGUUUGGAGGUGGCGUGGGCGGGUCUCAGACUGGGACCACUCGCUCAAAGAAGCGACCUGCAGUACGUGACGAUCGAAAAGGCGGGCCUGCUGGAUUACAAAACAAAUUCGUUCAAGCCAGCUUUGCAAAUCGAUUUUGCCCGGCACUCGUUGGACGGUGUCAAGGUGCUCAACAAUCUGCAAGACGGCUUGGGAGUUCUGUACUCGGACAUAUAUUCGGCGGAUGCGAUAAACACCGUGAUGAACAGCGACUUCUCGCAAAACGGCGGGAACGGCAUCAGCUUCAAGCAGCUGGGCAUGCGGAUCAUCAACUCGCGAAUCGAGAGCAACAAGGUCGCGGGAAUAAGGCACAAUCCCGCUCUCUCGGCCGUGCAGCAGAGAGAAUUCGCGGGAUGGUUCCUGCGCGCGCCGGACUCCACGAUCGACUCGCCGUACAAUCCGAUAAUCUUGCCGGAAACGAGGGAGAACAUCGAGCUCGCUAACGGGGAGACCAAAUACGUCAUAACGACUAGAGUAACCGGCAAACCCGUCCGGCGUACCAUCGACAUUAAGUGCACACCAGGCUACGUCAUUGGUAUUCAACUGUUGAAUCCGAUAGAUAAUCGAAGCACAGAACAGAUUAUACUGCAUGACUCGCAACGUUUCGACAAGAAUCAAACGAUUUGGCAUGUAAAACGGGACCUGAGCGUUUUCCCUGUGUCGUCCAGUUCCUUCAUAGUAAUUUUGGAAUACGACAGCGGCGAGAAUGCGUACGGUGGAGCAGUCAUAGUUCUCACGUCGCUCUUGGCUCCAAUUCAGAAUAUUCAUAACAAAAUAGUGAGCGGCCCAAUUCCUUCGCUAAUUGUCACGAAGACGAGGAUCAAGAGCAACCAGAAGGGCAUACUCGCGUCCUACUACAAUCGGUACCUGAACGAGAUCGGUGAUCAUUUUCUACGGAAGGCUAACGAGACUAUUCAGCUGGUUGGAUGUGAGAUAUCGCACAAUCGCGAGGAGGCCGUUUACGUGUAUUCGCCUCACUGGAACAUCUUCCAGUCCAAUCUGUCCGAGAUCUCGAUACACGUGAACAAUAGCUUGAUCACGGACAACGGUAAAGGGAUACAUCAGUUCAGCCGCGACGCGAGGCACUCCAACAACCUCUUCCAUUGGAUAAUGCAGGACAGCACGAUUGAGCGAAAUCACGGCGGUGGAUUCGAGGUGUUGCUACCGGACGUCUGGCAGUACAACGAGAACUUCACGCACUCCCUGUACUUCGGGAACAACACCUGGCGUAACAACGAACAGUUCGGCUUCGUGGUGGACGGACAUUUCGCGCACCUUAACAUAUCCCACAAUCGUUUCGACAGCAAUCGUUGCAAGACCGGCCUGAUAUCUAUACGUGGAAUGGAGAAGAGGAUCCGAAUAGAUAACAACCAUAUCGAGGGUAACACCGGCGCCUACAUGGUCGAGUUCCGGGCGAACAGCCAGUCCGAGAUCCUCGGCGACGUUUACGCGCGCUUCUACUACAAUGAGAUUAAGCGAAACGCGUACGAUCUCGUCGGUAUGGGACCACGCCGGACGUUCGAUGAUCCCAGCUACGUCGUCGGCUUUCACGGCAUACAGAAGGUGCGGGUCAAUAGAAAUCUCUUCGGCGAGAACUCGCUGGAUUACGAAUUAUUGGCGGGUAUCAAGACCGCCAAGAUCAACAACGAGGUGGACGUCAUGGAGAAUUGGUGGGGCACCGCUAACGACACUUCUAUCAGAUUGAGAAUCUUCGACUUUGACGACUGGAACGAUCACGCCGUAGCCAACUAUCGGCCGUACCUGAUGACCGACUCAUUCGACGCGUCCAUCUCUGCGUCGUGGCACAUAAAUCGGGAGAUCGACCUCAACAAUCUGGGCGGUCGCAUAGUGGACAGUCUAUCGCUGCACGCGAGACCCGAGCCCUAUCUCGUGCAUUCCGACAUCACGGUCAUGCCGGAAGCUACCUUGCACAUCCAUUCCGACGUUGUAAUGGAGUUCGCUCCCAACGUCGGCAUUUUGGUUCUGGGAACGUUGAAAGCCGUCGGCGUGCCCGGCCACGAGAUAAUAAUGAGACCGAUGAGACGAGUCGACGCGAGCGCGAACUCUACGUUCUCCAAAUUGACGCCGACGAGGACUUCCGCCAAUCUCAUGUCAAUGCCGGACGAGACGAUCCGCCUGUGCAAGGACGGACGUUGCUCCGUGUCGCACAACGAAGGAUUCAUAGAGUACUUCAACAAGACGACACUUCAGUGGAUUCCCUUGUGCGACGAUCGAUUCACCGAGCGCAACGCUCAAGUGGCGUGUCGACAACUUGGCUACGACACUCUCAACGUCUACGUGUCGUACGAUCGUAGGUACGAGCUACAUCCUGGAUCGCUGACGCGCGUCUGGUCCUGGCCCGAGCCACUGCAGUGUUUCGGGAAAGAGCAGAGUCUCGAGGACUGCCAGAUCAGAUUGAACGGUCAGCUGUUCGGUCAUCGUCACGAGUGCCCGUGGGACGGGCAGUUCAUCUUCCUGCAUUGCGGCAAGCGAAACUUGGACGACGCGCACGAUUACUGGGGCGGGAUACGUAUCGCGAAUAGCGAGUUCGAACAUCAUCUGUACGAGCAUCGCAUCCACGACGUCGUGACCCACGAGACGGUCAAGCGCGUCGAAUCGGUUUUGAGAUUCAUCAAUAUAACCGGCGCUGGGAUUUUACACUUCGAGAAAUCGUCUGCUGUACAGUCGAUCAUGAAGUCUCCGGCGGUGGUGCACGUAAACAUAGCUCGCAGCGCUUAUCACGGCAUCAAUGUCGUAUCUCCGACGCACACGGUGGAAUUGUUAUUCAACACGAUCGACAACGUCCUCGGCAACGGCGUGAACGUACUGUCCUUGACGGGAGAAGGCCGCGAGGCGGACGAGAGCUCGUUCACGCCUAUUAAGGAUCUUAAUAUUCCUUAUCAUUUAUUCAGCAUGGUCGACAUAUGUGACACUACGAAAGAAAUCACGAUCGAGGAGCGCGUGCUCGUGUACUACAAAUACGAUAAUUAUCCUGUCAAUUGCGUGAAGAUCUUCCGCAGCGCUUACAGAGCGAAACCUUUCGGGUUCAGGCUCUUGCAGUUUAAUCUUUACAACUCUACCGGCAAGCCGGGCCGCGCCGAUGGCAUAACUCUAUACGACGGGGACAUUUACAAUAUCACCACCAAGGAGAUUGGCCAUCUGGUAGUUAAUACUCCGGACGAGAAAAAGUUGUUCAGAACCCAGAAUCCCAGCAUUAGUAUUCGAUUAUUCGCCAACGGCGCCAGCAGCGUGCACGGAUUUAUCGCGGAAAUCGUGACUCUCCCGAUAUCCGCCAUUGGUUUCAAUCGCGACGUACAGCACAACGUUUCCUACUCCGUGAUAUCCAACUGCCGCGAAGGAGCCGUAAAGUAUGCGAGCGCCGGCGAAGUGAACGCCAUAAUGACGCUCGAGCGUAAUCAGUUUGUCAACAAUUGCGAGAAGCUGUACGGUAACUUCUCCACCUGUAAAUCUGCGCUGUGGUUCGAUGUCCAGAACACGCAGUCGCUCUAUUUCAGAAACAACUUGGUGCAGCGGAAUCAGGGCGGUCUUUCCGUCCGCGCGGACUCGAGAGGCUCGGCGACGUCCCUCAAGGGAUGGAUUCACAACAAUCUCUUCACGGAAAACUUCAACAAACCCGCGCUGUACAUCGAGGGCCGUCAGAGCAGUCCCUACCAAGAGGUGACCAUAUUCAGGAAUUACUUCACCAAGAACAACGCUCCCUACGACAACAACAUUAUUUUGAAGCAAGUGGUCAGCAACAUGACGCUCAAUUACCUGCAUGGGAACCUCGGCAUGCAUCUACUGGAGGUCUCGGGAUUCGAGAAAGUCCGCUUACCAAUCUACCAAAGCACUUCUCACAACGGCUUUUACAAAAACUACGCAGUCGAUCGUGAAGGCCGUAGCACUAUCAUUGCCGGUACACCCGGCCAGCAAUACGUCGACAACGUGUUCUUUAAUCCCGACAACGAUUACGAGAUGCUCACGACGAACAGAACUCAACAACUGGAAAUGUGGAGAUCCCACGUGGACGCGCGGUACAACUGGUGGGGCUACAACGAAACUCUGGCGGUGGCCGGACGUAUCAGAGACCGCGGAGAUUCGCCUGAACUCUUGCAGGUGGAUUAUCAACCCUUCCACAUGAACAAUAAGUCGGUAUUAAGCGGCGAUAAGUGUCCACCUGGCUGGGACCUCGUCGGCGACACAUGUUACAUAUUGAUCGGCGCACCGAUGGACUUCUACAGCGCGCGAGACUUUUGCAGAUCGGCGAACGCGUCGAUGCCGUUUAUCAUGGGAGAUUAUCUGGAACUCUGGAAAUUCGCACGCAAGCAACAGGAACGAUUCGAUUAUUCGGAGCGUGUGUGGGUGCAACAAUUGGAACGCGUGGAUCAGUGCACGGUGUUCACGUAUCAGACCAUCGAGAUUGAUCAUUGCGCGCAACCCAAUUCGUUCAUCUGCGAGAUCGAUCCCAGAGUGAACAUCGAUCCUCUAUCGUGGAGGAAAGAUAUCGUGGCGGUGGGUGUUUUGGGAGCCGUCGGUGUCGCGCUGGCGUUGCUGACCGCGGCUAUCGCUUUGUGGGCGUCCAAGUCGAAGAAGCGUAAGCUCGAGAGACUGGAGCGACGUAAUUCCAUCAGGCAAUCUCUACAUUCCUUGCGAUCGGUCGGCUCCACGUCCGGCUUCACGGAGCUUGCUUAUCGGCGAAAACCUAUCGCGACCAAACAUUCCACGGAUACGCUGAAUUCAAAUUACAAGCGCAUGUUAAACGGCGGUAGCCUGGACUCGAUGGACAAGUCGCAACUGAACUCCUCGAUAGAGGACAAUCAGAGUUACGACGUGUACGAGGCCCACAAUCCGCGAUACUCGCCGAGCACGAGCGACUUCAAGAACACGGCGCAGAAGUACGGCGUGGCGCAGAGCGUCGACAAUCCGGUCUUUGAUCUGGCGUAUCGCAACGAGGGCUUCCGCAAUCACUCCACUUUUGCGGCGAGGAACGGUAACGUCGCCACCGCCGCCGCUGCCACUGCUGCCGCUUCUAACUGGUCGCCGAACGUGCAGUCGCCCUCGGUCGAGGAGGGUCCCACGGCGUAUCCCAACAACGGGAGCUCGUACUUUAACAACGCGUCCACGCUGCCGUUGCACUCCAGUCUCGCGCUCACCGACUCGAUGAGCGAAUUGAAGCGCGACAUCGAGGCCUCGUCGGCCGCUUACGAUCCCGUGGAUUACGACUCGAGGCGCGCCUACGACACGGCCACGUUAACGCCGAGUCAGGCGUCCGAGCCGGUGCCGGAGUACGCGCCGGACUUUCAGCCGCCAGUACCGCCGCAUCCGUACCACUACGAGGCCGAGAGUAGACCCAGGAGCGAGGCGCUGCUCGAGACCAACUUUGAUACAGGCGAGGAGAAGCCGCUACGCUCGAAGAGCGAAGCCCUGCUCGAGACCAACCUGGACGCGUUCCUAGUCAACGAGCCUACCGAACUCACGCAGUUGUCAGCGACCGCGCGGAGCAAGAGUCAGCCGUUGGAAACGGCGAUGUAGUUCUCCGAGGACGCUGGUGAUCCUUGGACUGGCGUUGUUUACAAUCGGGCGCAACUGAGGCGCGUGCCAAAACGUCUUCUAGCGACGAGCACUGCCAGCUCUACCGCACAAGAGAUUUUCAAUCGUUCGUAACAAUAUGCUACCGUUUUAAGCGACUCGUGCCAUUUCCAGUAAUUGCGAACUGGAUAUUGGAAGACAGGUGCACAGGAAGGCCCCGGUUGAGAUGCUCGGGGAUGAGGCAAAGAUACGGACAACGCUGACUCGUUGUUAACCGAAGUUGAAACUGACGAAGAAGAUUCACGUCGAUGAAAGACUCCGCGUUCAAUUACAAACCGAUAGAUAACGCGUUGCAAUAAUUAUUUAUAACACACCGCAUUGACAAGUAAUCAAGUAUGCGAGUCUUGGACGAAUUCAUCGAAUCUGCGCCUGGGGUGAGGGCAUACAGACGAGGUCUGUGCAAGAUUUUCGACGGGAAUCGCAUCCCGCACCCCUCGUACUCGGCGGAUGUUCAUUAUCUGUACAAUGUCAGGAAUUUAACGUGUGUUCACUGUUAGAUUUUUUAAUAUUAAGACGCUAGUAGUUCGGCGUACACACAUAUGGUUGAGAUGGACCGCGUGUUUUCUCCUCACACGACGUCGUAGAGAUCUCAAUAUUCGAUCUCUCUCGUUAACGACUCUCGGAAGUUGACGCGCGUACCUGUUGCGUCACACGUUCGCCAGGUGUUUCAAAGAGGAUGACUGCUUGUGUUACAAACGACGCGUUACUUAAUCCCAAUUACGUCCGCAAGUGGUUUCUAAUACCGCUAAUUUGAUAGACUGUUAAUAACGACACCGUCGUUGGUCGAGUGACGCGAGCGUGAAUCUCCAAUUCGCCGGAGACGAAGCUCGUAGAUAAUUUUGUAAGUCGAUUGUCGAUUGUUAAGCUUUUUUACGGUACAAUGAGUAUUUACGAAUUUUAUCAAAAUUUAGAUGUUAAAAAUUCUUUUGAUAUUUAUAAAAGGUUGAGACGUUAAAAAUUCUUUUGUUAUAGACGAAAGAUUUAGAGCUAUAUAACGUUACGAAUACUGUUCGACGAUAAAUAUCGUCCGAAAUCGGACGAGCGAGGGGGGGGGGGUAUAUAUUAAUUUUAACGAUAUAAGCGCAAAAGAUUAAUUGACUAAUUCAUUGUUGACCUUGCGACCAAGCUGUGAGAAUAAAAGCAGACCUCAUACCCGUAAUUAGUAUUGUACGCCCCGUUGUUCUUUGAUGAGCGUACGCCGAAUCGAUCAAGGUUUCCUCUUGUUAUAAUUUAAGAACGCGGAGAGAAACGUACAAGAGAUUUUUUUUUCUUAAUUUUACAUCUCGUGCUAACGACAUCAAGAAGUUGGAGUUACCAGAUUUGGCAAAUCUGUUGCAGAUGCACGGUACUACACUGCCAAGCGUGUCCAACGUCGUAUCAUAAUUCUCGCGAGUAUUAAUAGAGUAAUAGAUAAAUUUCCUCGAAAGGGUAUCCCCGCAUUACGAAACUGAGCUGUAAAUAAGAGUACGCGCUGUUUAUCGAAUAACCCGUGCGUACGUUCUUACGUUAAGAUAGACUUACCGUUUCUAUUAAGCAAGGUGAUCUCACCGAUCUUGUUCUUACCGAGAAAAAAAAACAUGUUUUAUAUGCCUGCCUUUAGUAAAGUAUCCGUCCAUACACUAGUAGACUUAGCGCGACCGAUAUAAUCGCCUUUUUACGAGGCGGCGCGAUAAGUAGGACUCUAAGUAAAGUUUUCGCUAAUGUAAAGACCGCCUGAAGAAUCCACGGGAUUCUUGCGAGAGAAGGGAUAUAUGGUAUAUGUAUGCGUGAGAGACACGUACCUAUUAGCAGACCGCGAAGGCACUCGUCCGCAGUAUAUAUUUAAAUAUUUGCAACGUAACGCUCGUUAAGAUUUUAAUGAGCUUAAUUGUCGUGCCGCGUGCUCUCUCAUAGGUACUUGCGCGAGUGGGAUUUGAUGUUCACAAGGCUGCCUUACGUGUACAUGUCGCGCAGAAAUAAAGUGGAUAAAUAAGCGGA